UCUGUCCAGGGGAGACACUGCUCCUUCCAGGGGCUGACCUUCCGGGCAGAAGCAGCCACCCCAGCCCAUUCUGCACUCCUCUCUAGCUGUGAGCACAACUGUUGCCCUCUCCCUCCUCCCCACCCCCGUUAGUGCUCGAUCUUCCUGCCUGAGACUCCCCAUGUUGCUUUAAGUCAUGCAACUCAGCUUGCCUUUCCACUGUGGAUAGUACAGCCCUCACCCCCCGGGUCUCCCUCCCCUGCAAGCGCCAGAUUGACAAUGCUUCGAGCCUGAUUGAAACACUGCUGUGACAGAGCUCAGCCAUGGAACAACCAACUUUUUAGCUGAAGUGAGACUUUUGGAAAGGCCCAUGAAUUUGUACCCCGCCCCUUUCCAUUUUCCUCUCCUUGCUAGCUAUGGCUCUCACCCGCCAUGGGAGAUCUUCCAAAUUAGUCAGAAAGGAAGAUCUAAGCAAAAAGAAAACCAGCCAACUAAAUAAGGCAUCCAAGAUUAUGACCAAAAAGGUGACGUUGGUAAAAGCUCUAAGCACUGAGAAAUUACAACAACUGAUGCCAGAAAGUAAUAAUGUUAAGAAAAAAUCAAAAACAAAAUCACCUGCACCAACAAGAAGUCUUCUGACAAGAGCUGCAGCUGCUCGAAGGUCUCUGGAUCAAACUGAUGUUCUUUUCCAGAAUCCAGAGUCCUUAUCCUGCAAUGGCUUCACAAUGUGUCUUCGUAGCACCUCUCUAAUUCGACGUCUGUCCCAGCCUCCAGUGGUCAUUACCAGACCUGGGAAAAUUCCACCCUCUAAGACUUUGGAAAAGGAAAAUAAAUGUGAAAAUGGAGUCCUGGCAGUGUCCAAGGAGCAUAUAGUAGAAACUGAAAAAGAAACAGAUCAAUCACAAGAAAAGGUAAUCUCAACUGACAACGAGGAGGAUCCAAUAGUUGUUACCUCUGAUGCACUCCCAAGCAAAGAAAAUGGACAAGCUGUAGAGGAUCCCAUAACAAGUAUUACUACUCAUAGCAGCCUACCAACGCAAACAUCUGAGACCUUAGAAGAGAACUGUAAGUGUGAAGGCCAAUUCUUUGAAAAGCUAUUAAAUGAUUCGAGUGACACUGUUCGUACUCUUGUCCAAGACUCCAUGCCUAUUCCUUUAUUUAAUAAUGCUCCCCAUACAGUGACCUCUAAACCAAACCUCAACAUGUAUUUAGAAGAUUUGGGUUCAAGAGUAAAAUCUCUUAAACUAAAUGAUUCUUCUUUGGAGCCAAUGAAGGAGAACCUUGAUUCACAUCAAUCCUCCUGUUAUAAAGGCAAACCUGAACUGGAUUUCCAAAAUAUAAUGGUUCCUAGUGGGUCUAUUUUUCCUACCUCUUUUGCAAAUUACCUCUUAGCAGGAUCAGACCAGCAAGAACCUAUUCAUGGUUCUUUAGACCAACCUGUGACACAAAGCACUGCUUCAGAUCCACUGGGGGGCCAUGGUGCUAAUCAAACUUUGACUUUGGACUCAGGUCAGAUUGCUAGUUCAUUUCCAAACUUUGAGAAGAGUCUGGUUGCCUUCACGAAAGAUAUACUUGCUCAAGAGAUGCAUAAACCACAGGAUACAAGCUUGCUGUCAGAGUUGCCAUCUAAUAAUCAUAGUUUCAAAAUAGUUCCUGAAAGUGGACUAAAGAAAGAAUCAAAUUCUUUAUCAGAAGAUCCCAAAUUGGCAUCAAGUGAUCUUGGCCAGUUGGAUGGACAGAGUUCCCAGAUCAGUGAGACAAAUGUGAUUUCUGUAUCCAUGGCAUUUUCCAACACCGCCUCUUACUCCUAUCCUUUCUCCUACACUACUUUGCUCCCUACUUUAGAAAAGAAGAAACGAAAGCGCUGUGGAGUGUGUGAGCCUUGCCAAAAGAAGGAGAACUGUGGUGAAUGCGUUUAUUGUAAAAACCGAAAAUACAGCCACCAUGUCUGUAAGAUGAGAAAAUGUGAGGAACUGAAAAAGAAGCCAAUGGUUAUAGUGCCUUUGGAGGUUAUAAAGGAAAACAAGAGACCCCAGAGGGAAAAGAAGCCCAAAGUUUUCAAGAUACAUUUAGACAACAAACUAGUAAAUGGCCCCAGGUCAGAAUCCAUGGAAAACAGUAAAUGUGGUAAUGAUGAAAAACAAAGGUUGAAGUUAAACCAGAACAUCCUUGAAAAUGUACAGACCACUGAAGAAGACACCAUGACGGGUAUAGAAGUAGAGAAAUGGUCAGAGAACAAGAAAUCACCUUUGACCAUCCAUGUCAAAGGAGACAUCAGUGGUCCUGUAACUGAGACUGAAAACUUGAAAAACUCUGAAGACAAUGAGAAAAAAACCCCUUUGAGUGACCUCAUUGAGCCUCCCAAAUUGUUUGCACAAACUGUUAAAAAUGGCAUUAAAAAUGUAUACUACUCACCAGCUGACGCUGAUGUGUCAUUGAAAAAAGUCAAGUUUGAAACAAAUGCAAAUUUGAUUGAUCAUGACACAGAAAGCAAUCCCAAUCCCUCUUUGGGGAACACUACUAGCUCUGACAAUAGAGCAGGUGCUUUGGUCCCUGGCAUUUACCAUGCUCACCUUAAGAAGGAAGAUAAUAGUUUAGUGAUACAAAAGACAGAUUCUACCUGUCACUCUACUCAGUACCCCACAGACACCUUUUUGAACCAUAAUAUCAGUGCCCAGGAAAAUCAAUCUCAUAUAGUUACAUGGGAAAAAAGAUUCGACCAAGGAGAAGUUCCUGAAAGCAAACCCAACAGGGAGUUAGCACAAGAUAAUUCUCUGGUUCAACCUAGUCUUCUAACACUGAUGAGAGACAGGAGGCUGACUCUAGAGCAGGUAGUGGCCAUAGAAGCCCUCACUCAGCUAUCAGAAGCUCCAUCUGAAAAUUCUUCACCAUCUAAAUCAGAUAAAAAUGAAGAGACCACAAAUUUGACAACAAACUUGCUUCACAGCUGUAAAGCAAUUUUAUGUUCUGUAGGAUCCUCUGCAGGAAAAGACUUCCAAGAUCCAAACCUAAAAAUCGAUUCCGUGGUCCUGCCUCCCUGUCCCUCUUUGGAAAAGAAAACGUCUAGGAAGCCGGUGCUAUACAAUGGCCAAAAUAAUUCCAAAUAUCCCAGUACUUUAAUGACAAAUCAUAACACCUCUAAGACACAUGCAUCUUCAAGAGUCACUAAGUCAGGACUCAUCACAGAACCAAGUUCAAAUUCUUCUAGGAAUCAUAGCAACAAAGAAAUUGUUCUUCAGGGGAGAAUCACCGUUGGUCGGUGUGCAAAGACUUCACAUGGUUUACACACAAGUAGCAAGUUGGCAUUUUGCAGGCAAUUACAGGAAAGCACUGGUAAAAGGUUUGACUCCAAAAAUAAUUUGUCUUAUAAGAAUACCCCUCACAGUCAAAUAGAAGAAGAUGUAGCUGCCCAGUUGACCCAACUUGCAUCCAUUAUUGAAUCCAAUAAUGCAAAGCGAGAGGAAAAAGAAGGUACAAAGACACUUUCCAGCCUUGAGAGUCACGAUGCACAGCAAAAAUACAACCAAGAACAAAGUUCAUUUCAAGAGAAACUGCCUGUCCCUGUACAGAACAACCGAGGCUCAUUGUUGGCGAAACAAAAACCAUCCUCCCAUAAAAAGGGGAAAUCUGCCUCAUGGAAGCAAAGACUGAAGAAAAUGCCUCCAGCCAAGAACAAUCUACAAAAUGACCAGAGUGAACGGGAGCGCCUGGCUUGGCAGUAUGGCAAGUUUCAUGAUCUCUGGGUCGGGUCCAAACUUCGAAGAUUAGGGUACAUUUCCUCCCGAGAAUUUCAUGCUACCAUGAUAGAGCAAAACCCUUUACUCACCAAAGUACCAAAACCACUCACUCAAAGUACUUUAUCAUCACCACAUAAAAAAGUGUUUCUUCCUCUCACUCAGAUAAAAUUCCACAGACACUUACCUGAGUCAGCACAGGAGAAAAUGAAGGAAAAACUGUUUGGUUUCAAAGAGGUCCCCGAACACAUGCAACCUGAGGCUGUCGAUACUUUGCCAAGAGGUGCGCUUCCAGCGGGUUUGCAGCAGAGCGGUGGGCCUUCCGUAGAUGCUCUUUCUCUGUUCCAGUUAUGCUCAAAGUCCCCUUUAAGCAGACCAAGCAGCAACGUCCAGGUGUUUACAGAAAAUGGUCAUAAUUCUCAGGUACAGCAAUCAGUGAAUGUCAAUCAGUCUCUGAAUCAAAACAGCCAGAAAGAUGGUGCUACAGCUGAUGAUGACCAAACCCAGUUCCAGCAGGAUGUGGAAGAACCACCAAGGAGUCAGAGACUGCAAUCGCUGCCUUCUCCCUGUUGCGACACCCAGGUGCCAGGCACCAUCAAAACUCUCAGGAAUGAAAAUGCAGCAUGCCCAGGUGGAAGGACAGCCAGUGGGUUAGGGGUCGUUACUUCACAUGGUGCUACAAGUGAUUUGGGGAGUUCCCCAGGGAAGAACACACUGAGCUGUUUCCUUGAAUCCCCAAUGACCUUCCUGGACACCCCCACCAAAAAUCUGCUUGAUACGCCAACAAAAAAAGGACCUUCUGAGCUGCCAAGCUGUAGCUGUGUCGAACAAAUUAUAGAAAAAGAUGAAGGGCCAUACUAUACACAUCUUGGAACAGGACCAAGUGUGGCUGCUGUCAGGGAAAUCAUGGAGGCCAGAUAUGGUGAAAAAGGAAGAGCGAUUAGGAUAGAAGUCGUCGUAUAUACAGGCAAAGAAGGAAAAAGCUCUCAGGGGUGUCCAAUUGCCAAGUGGGUAAUAAGAAGAAGCAGUGAUGAAGAAAAGCUCCUCUGCCUGGUCCGCCAGCGGGCAGGCCACCACUGCCAGACAGCUGUCAUUGUCAUCCUCAUCUUGGCUUGGGAGGGAAUUCCUCAUCUCUUGGCUGACACAUUAUAUCAAGAGCUGACCCAGAGUCUCAACAAAUAUGGCUGUCCAACCACCCGACGGUGUGCACUUAAUGAAGAUCGUACCUGUGCUUGCCAAGGCAUGGAUCCAGAGACCUGUGGUGCAUCCUUUUCCUUUGGAUGCUCUUGGAGUAUGUAUUUCAAUGGCUGCAAAUUUGCAAGAAGCAAGAACCCCAGAAGAUUCCGACUAAUUGCAGAUGAUCCCAAAGAAGAAGAAAUCCUUGAAAGUAAUUUGCAGUCCCUUGCUACAGAUGUUGCUCCUGUGUAUAAAAAACUUGCUCCUGAUGCUUUUCGAAACCAGGUAGAAAAUGAACAUCUUGGCCCAGAUUGCCGUCUUGGUCGUAAGGAUGGACGUCCUUUCUCUGGGGUUACUGCCUGUAUAGACUUCUGUGCUCAUGCCCACAAAGACACACAUAACAUGAAUAAUGGAAGUACUGUGGUUUGUACACUGACAAAAGAAGAUAACCGCUCAGUAGGUGUCGUUCCCAAAGAUGAGCAGCUCCACGUGCUGCCACUGUAUAAAAUUUCCCAAACAGAUGAGUUUGGCACAAAAGAGGGAUUAGAGGCCAAGAUCAAAACUGGGGCCAUCCAGGUGCUCACUGCUUUCCCCAGAGAGGUGAGGAUGUUAGCUGAGCCAGUGAAAGCCACUAAGAAAAAGAAGGUGGACAUCAGGAGGGUACAAACUGAGAAGCCUGGACAGGUGCCAAAGAAACAUCCGCCUCCAGUAAAGCUCAAAAAUGGACCUUUGGAAGCGCCCAACAGGGCCCCCCAACCUUUAGGAAACAGAACUGAGGCGUUGCAACCUGAGAUAAAGAGUGAACCUCCAGACUCACAUUUUAACCUCCAUAGUGUGGCCAACACUACAAGCUACUCUUGGAUUAAGUCCAUUCAUCACCCCCUGAAAGGGACAAACUUACCUCUGAACUCCCCCCUAACCCCAGUGUCUGGCUUGGCCACAACUUCAUUUCAGAAUGACUCUGAAAUUUCCUAUGGGUUUUCAGACCAGGGUAGUGUUCCACCCUGGACAGUGGUGUCUACAAAAUACAGUGGUGCUAAUACAGUAGCCAAGGAAUGCCCCGGACUUCUACUGAAUGCCAAGCCAGCAUCCGUUCCUGGUGUGGCUUCUCCCAUGACAGAUCCCCAAAUUCAUGCUGACCUUCCUACUGGCCCAGUUGAGCAUCUAGUUUCCAACAUGGCAACGUUUCCACCUCCGUCUUUACUGUCGCCUGUUCCUCAGAUACCUAGUCUUGAUGACUCCACUCCAGCGAAAUCAGACUAUGAGCAUAAGACAGGUCCAAGUGAAGUUGCUGCUUUGGCUCCAUCCCUGGCAAAUGCCACCAAACAAGAGCUUGAGCUAGCUGCUCCUCUUUCGUCAGCCACUGAGCAGACCCCAAGUGAUGAGCUGACAGAAUCAGCGGACAGUGAAGAGAGGUCAGAAGAGAUGUGGUCAGACAGUGAACACAACUUCUUGGAUGACAACAUUGGUGGUGUGGCAGUGGCCCCUUCCCACGGCUCGGUGCUAAUUGAGUGUGCCCGGCGAGAGCUUCAUGCCACUACCCCAAUCCGGAAGCCAAACCGCAAUCAUCCCACACGCAUCUCCCUCGUCUUCUAUCAGCACAAGAACUUAAAUGAACCAAGGCAUGGAUGGGCCGUAUGGGAGGCAAAGAUGGCAGAAAGAGCCCGAGAGAAAGAGAGAGAGGCCGAGAGGCUAGCUACUGAAAAUGCCAACAACCAGAAAACAAAACAGCCUACUGAGAGUCCUGAGAUUUUCUGUGAGGAAAAUGAAUUGAACCAGAUUCCUUCCCGGAAAGCAUUAACAGUAACUCAUGACAAUGUCAUUACAGUAUCUUCUUAUGCCCUCACUCAAGUUGCAGGGCCUUACAAUCACUGGGUCUGAAGGCUUUUAAAACAGAAUCUUGUCCCAGUGCAAUGUUCUGUUACUUCAAGGUGCUGUUGAAAAAAAAAAGAGUAAAGUUGUAGUUUUCUCUAUGUUCAUCUCAACCAUUUUAAGGCUGAGGUAAAAAGGGGGUGGGGGGAGAGUGGUUUCUUAAAUGUGACUUUCUAUUUUGACCAUUAGUGGAGUGGUGCUCAAGCACAUUUUAAACAAAAAAGAAAUUUUAUAGUUUUUAAUAGAUUGCUUAAGAAAAGUUUUGGUUAGGUUAUUAACCUUGAUAGAAAGAUUCAGUUUAUGACCUUUAGGAAUUUAUAUUUUGGUGCUUUAAAUCGGGUCUGUUUACUAUGAAAGAAAAAAAUCAUUUUUAGAGGAUUUUAACAGAUUCCUCCCUAUUUUAAGAGGUAAAAUCAAGUUUUACAGUAUUAGCUCUCCACAGCUCUUGGUGCUUAACCACAAUGAAACAGUGAAAGAUAAGCUGAACUAUUACUUCGUGGUGCCAUUGUUCCAACAACUUCCAAUCAUUGCUCUAAAAAUGAAAAUUCACAAAUAUCUUCAUAAAUAACCAAUGAAAUUCCCUCUCUGGAAAGAGUUCUUGUGUCGUAUAGAACAACCCAGUUGUUAUUCUUAGUGAUGGUUGGAGGCUGUUUGUAAACUGUAAAUAUAUAUACAUAUAUAUUUUAAAAGCACUUUCUAUUUUUAAAAUUAACUUGAAAUAGUAUAGUAUAAGAAUCAUAUUGUCUAUUGUUUGUGCAUAUUCUACAAAAGAGAUCAUUUUAUUCUUGCUGUGUAGAGUUCCAUACUGAAAUAUGUAUACUAAUAAUGUAUGUGGUUUGUGGUGUUUCUUUCUUUUUUUUACCUUUUUUCAUUAAAGAUAUCAAAUAUAUAUAUAUAUAUAUAUAUAUAUAUAUAUAUAUAAAUCAGUAAAUAAUGCAGAAAACUGUUGUCUACAAAAUCAAAAUUAGGAAAUAUAUUACCUGUCUGUAUCAUUAUUGGGAGUUAAAGUAACAUAUUGGGAGUUUUUUGAAGGUAAGCUCUCUGAUGUAUAAGAGCAGACCUGCAGUUAUUAAACUAAGCAAACUCUCAUAUGUUCUCAUCAGUGAGUACUUUUUCAGAAUGAAGGCAAAUGAAGUGGAUUCUUAUCACAUGGCAGAUUGACAUUUUAGGGGUACUGUAAAAAUUAAAUUAUAUAUCGAAUACUAAAAAUAUUAGAUUUUAUGAGGUUUAUUGAGGAUUAUUAGAAAUCAAGGAUACAAAAUAAAAACCACGUGACCAUGGCUGAUUAGCCCAUUCAAAAUCCCCACUUAGCUUACCACUAUACUUGCUACAUCAUUGCAGUGGAAGAGAGGAGAAGCACACGUGGGAGGUGUUACUGCCAGUUAAAUACCAACUGUGAUCUCGCGGACACUCAGGUGAGAUUAUAGGGAAUUCUGGGAAAUACCAAGGACUUCUGGGGAUUGAAGUCUAGGGUUCAAAAUCUCCAUUUUUACAGUACCAAGCUACCAAGUCUUCUAACGCCUGGAAGGUACAAGGUGGAAAUUGAAAUGAACAAAUAAUCCCUCAACUUGCCUUGUUUGUUCUGAAAAAUCUUACUGAUACGGGAGAAAAACAUGAUUCAAAUGAAAAAAUGAAAUCUCUUUUUUAAUUUCUUGUAUAAAAUGUAUUAAAGCAAGGUCCUACAAAAAUGUGCAGUAGUCCAGAAAAUUGCUAACAGUUCAAAUAGGUCUUUUUCCCCUGCGUGUGCAACUUUUAUACAUAUUUUAAAACACGGAUUUAUAUUUUGUUGGAAAGUUUGUUUGAAUUAUGAAUCAUUUGCUCCCGGUUUUUGAAAACUAUGGUCACCAUAUAUAUAUAUAUAUAUAUAUGGUUACUUUCGUUCUAAGAAAUAGGAAAAGUAGACACUCCAUUUACUAAAUACUACAGAAUCCCAUCUUCCUUUACUUUUCAUUUUUACACUUAUUUAUUGAAUGAAAUUAUAGCCAAACAGUAAGGUUAUCUAAACUAAAUCUUUUGUCUAUGAAGAAUUAUACUAAUGCUGUAUUUGACUGUGUUAUAAUGUAGAGGUGCUAUAACAAAAUAAAUCUGAAAUGUCUAGGUUACUUGCUAGUUUCUAAACCUAGGGUGCUUUUUCCUUGGAAAUGCCAUAGGAAUCUACCAUAACCAUUAACACCAAUAGUUUGGGUACAGAAAAAUGCAUAAACUUUUUAAUUAAAAAAAAAUUCCCAUAUACCCCAAUUGGCAUUUCUGUCUCUCUCUUUAAACACUUUCUAACUUAUUGUCUUAAGUAAUAUUGGCAAAUACCCUGUGGAGCAAGAUGUUGAGCCCAGCUUUUGACUGGUUCAAGUAAGAAAUAUGAAGGGAUCAUAACUAACAAAAAAAGUCAAAAUGCUGGACCACCAUCUUGGACCAGAAGUUUUCUGCUUCUUGAACCUACAUACGAAAAUGCUUUGAGUUGUUUUAGUCUUUUGUGUGCCUUAGAUCUCCAUUUUAAAACAUGUAUAUUUUUGUGAGCCUGAAGUUUUGUAUAUGUUAUGAUUGUACAAGUGGUGAAUUAUAAAUUGCUCUGGCUGCUUCAAGGUAUUUGCGAGUUUUGGACUAUCAGGAACACAUAUUUUUCCUUUGUUAGCCCAGUGGCCUAUUACUGAUUAGAAAUGAGCCAAGUAGAAAUUUAGAAGUGAGCUAUGUAACUCCGUAUUGGAUGACCCUGUAUUAUGUUGUUCAAAUGGUAGAGUCAGAGCUCCUGUGUCCCUCAACCCCAAAGAGCAACCUUUCUGGUCACAGAUUUAGCAGAGGUGCGAAUAUAUUUAAUAACUUUCAAUUCUGAGCCUUAGCUUCUACUAGCAACCUUAAUCCAAGUUAUUUCCUAGUCAAACAGAGUUAUUGGGGGAAAUUGCUGACCCGUCUCUUAGGAUUGGAAUGUCGAGACGGUGUCAAAAACAAGCAAAGCUCAAAAAAAUGUUACAAAAGAAGGCCUUGGAAUUUUCUCAAAAUGUUUUACCCUUGGUCUUCUGGUCCAAGAGAUAGUAGGAUUAAGAGUAUUUAAAUAGUCUUCCUAGGAGAAAAUAAGGCAAACUAGAAUUUUCCUAACUCUUUGCUAGCCUUUCAGAAGGACCUCUCUAUUCUGUCAGUGUGAAUUCAUGUUGUAGUAAUCCAUCUGAUCAGGAACGCAGAGGUUGAUGCAUUUUCAGUUGAGUGUAGUAGAAUGUGGCCUCUUGUGUUUUCUGGGUCCCUGAAUUAUGGGGAACAGAAGAACUCUUGCUAGUUUCCACACAAGACUCUUACAUUGUCAUUUCCUCCUAGUUCUUGCCCCCUAAAAAUGUUUAAUAAGGUCAAAAGAAGGUCAAUCCCUCAGCAUUCAGAUUUUUGGAGCCUGGUAAAAUUAGGGAGACACCUAAUCUGAAUCAAAUUAUUUCCCAUAAAAUUUGAAAUCCGUUUUGUUCUGUUAUGGCUUGUGGUCAUCACUGAUGUCCACAUCACUGAACCCCUUCAAAAAGUUUCUCAUUUUGGUCUUUUCCAUUGCCAGGGAUUUUUUUUUAAUCUCACAUUAAUUUAAUUUCUAGUAGUCCAUGUCAUAUACAUCUCUUGGAAUCUUCAUUGUGAUAGCUCAGAAUACGAAUAUUUAUAAAACUCAGAAAUAAAUCUGGCUUCAAUUAGGUUUCUUAGAAGACUGUUCUGUUAUAUAAUUUGACUAAGUUGUUGAUUUCUCCAUGCUUCUGUCCCUCCUCUUUUUAAUCAUUAUCUGAAUUUUGUUUUUUUAAUAGUAUAAACUAUUGAAAGCAAUGCAUUAUCUUCAUGGUUAAUAUGAAGCCCGAGGAGUUUGACCUCAUUGGUUUAUGUUGUUGCUCAGUUGUUUCAGUCGUAUUUGACUUGUCGUGACCCCAUUUGGGGUUUUCUUAGCAAGGAUACUGGAGUGGUUUGGCAUUUCCUUUCCUUUUCCAGCUCAUUUUUACAGAUGAGGAAACUGAGGCUGGCAGGGUUAAGUGACUUGCCCAGCCUCACACAGUUAGUGAAUGUCUGAGAUCAGAUUGGAAUUCAGGAAGAUGUAGUCUUCCUGACUCCAGGCCUGGCAUUCUACCUACUGUGCCAUUUAUAAGCCUCAGUUUAUAGCAAGUUACAAAUCUCCUCAUCUCUGUUCUCUUAUCAAAGAUAGCAGCUGCCCACUACAGCCAGCAGCUACCUCUUUGGCACCAUUGCUAUAAAACUUCUUUCAUAAAAAGACCAGUAGCCCAAGAUGGUAAAAUUUUAAAUUCAUCUCUGCUGGUGUCUUAAUCCUUUCUUUUUCUUUAUCACUUCUAUAAUGUGUGCAGCUGCUUAACCAACUAUAGCUUCAAUCAGAGAAUUGUUGUUGUGAUUGAGGAAGCAUUUGUUAAGUCAUUCCACUUAGUAGGUGCUUAAUAAAUACUUGAUGAAUUUAAUCCGAUUCAAAUCUUCCUUUAAAUGAGUAAUAUCUUUAUUGUCUAGAAGCCUGAUUUUAAAUUUCUUUAGAAGUUGUUAUUUUGCUGCUUCUUUUCUGAAUAAUCUUCCAGUACCUGUAUUAGGCAAAGGUGCAUGCAUAGUGUCUUUUUCUACUGGCCAAUUUUAACAUUCUCAGGAGAGACACUCAACUACAAUUGAUUCACAGGCAAAUUCCUGGGAAACCAGACCCGUGACCCUGCACCCUAGCUAAGCUGGAAACACAGCAGGUAUGUCUUUCAUGUAAGCCAUCUUCUGAGAAUCAAUCUAUACAAAACAGCCUAUUUAUUCUUUUAUUAGUGUCUCUAUAUAAUCUGACUAAUUGAAAAAAGAAGGAAACCUUAGAAUAGUACAUGCAAGGAAAGAAACCCAAAAUACUUUAGUGUGUGUAGACAAGUUGCCUGUGACAAAAUCCAUGAUGAUCAUCAAUUAAUAAAUUUAGAACUGGAAGAGACUUGAAGUCAUCUACUCCAAACCCUUCCUUUUACAGAUGAGGAAAACAAGAUGCAAAAGGUACUGUGUGACUUGUCCAGAUUCAUACAAGUAGAAAGUGGAAGAGCUGGGGGUCGAACCCAUGUCCACUGACUCCAGAAUCAAUGCCCUUUUCACUAGACCAUGCAGACUACAUGCCAAUUUUGAUGUUGUAGAGAGUGGAUAAUUGAUAUACUUAUACCAGUAUAUGCUGUCUUUAUGUCACAUAAUUCCAUUUUGUCUAUCGAAACCUUUUUUGGUGUAAAUGUCACAUUACUGUGGACUUUGAUCUUGUGUGAAAAUUUUGAGUUGGAUGACCAUAGGACAAGAUGUCCAUUUAACAGAGAAAGUCUGUUACUUUGAAGAAAUGGAAAAAAUCUUUUCUAAAUUCUCCCUGCCAUUGCCAGGACUAAAAAGAGGAAAGAAACCUAAUUUAGAUUUCCUCAUUCAAUACUACCUUGAACGUAUGGGUAUAUUUUACCCAGAUGAAACAAUCCUACAUCAUUAAAACAAUGGAUACAGCCUGAGUACAUCAUAGCAAUGUCUUUCUACCAUAUUGGAGAAUUUAAGAGUGAAUAUUUUAAUUUCAUCUCUUGCAUCUCUGCUCAUAGGGCAGAAUGUCCCCCUUCUCUAUUCAUGCCUAUACAAUAAUCUUUCUGACUUUUAUCUGUGAAGGAAUCUUCUUGGCUCCUGCUAAAGAUGGAAGCCAUAUUGACUGCUCCAAUCGGCAAAUAAUUUAUCAAGGGACUGCAUUCAGCAAGUUUCCAGUUAAUUUCUCCCUAAUAUGCCUAAAUAUUUAGGGAGUUAGAGAGGCCUCUACCUGCCCUAGCUUAGUCCUUAAUUGGACAAGCCCAGAUCACUAAUUGAAUUCAGGAGAUUAAGCUGUCUGUGAAGUGAUGGAGAGAUGACACUCAAAAGCCACAGUGCCCAUGAAAAAGAAAUGGGAAAGCUAUGUGGUCCUUUAUAUACAGAGAUAAUACCACUAAGUCAGCUGCAAGCUUCAAGUUUUUCCAGAGUGCAUCUGGCAGUUUAACUUUGCUUCGUCUAUAUCUCAUUGAGAUGCCCUUGUACCUAGCGACAAACUUACUAGAAUGAUGUUCUGCUUUUGAGAGCAUGUAUUCGGUGGAAAUGGUUUAUUGUACAAAGCUAGCUAGCCCAUUAAAAGGCUAUGAAUCCCCUUAGUGUCAUUCUCUACCCAAGCAAAGUAGCCAGAUGUGUAGGUUGCCUACCCACUCUCUAGACAGUUACUGUUUUCUUCCCAAAUGUAAGUGUUCUGUACUCUUUUAGGAGUUUACUUAGGCUUGAAAUUUCUGGUUUUUAAUAAAAAGUGAGUUUUCUCUGUUGAUUUCUCUACCUGAAAAACAUCCUUCAGGUGGUUGUAGUUUCUAAUAGCACUGUUGUGUAUACUACCCCAAAAUUACAUGACUGAAAGCCAUCCUCUCAUCUCUCUGAUUCUACCAAAAUUAAUUCUUUCCUCUGGCCACUCAUUAAAAUACCAUUAUCAAUUGUUUCUGCCAUAUUACCAUUCACAAGCAGUAUUUAUGUUGUGCUUUCAGGUUGGUCAUAAGCUUCUUUCUUGCCUUCUUCCUAAAUCGUUUCCUGCCUUCCAUGGACCAGUCAGUGUCCUUGGUAGGCAAGCUCUGAGCCUGACCCUGUACUUUCUCAGAUUAAUUGUUUUCCUCAUUUACUGUCUUCUCCUAGUUUUCAAAAUUUUGCCCUGAUCUUUUCCUUUCUUUUUCCUUCUUUUGUUUUGCUUUUUACCCUGCAGGCACUUCCUUGUGGUUGUUCCUCUGGUUCUUUAUCUUUAUCUGGUCUUUUAUCAUUUUUCUGUUGAUGUUAUUUUAUUGGUGAUUUUUAUCUAGAGACUCCUGCCCCCAUGAAAAACAUCAAAGGUGAAAGAGAUAAAGAUGGUAGGUAACUUUUCUUUCUUAACUUUCACUUCUAACCUUCUUCCUCUGAGGGAAAAUGUUGAUCAUUAAAUAAGGAAUCCAUAGUUAACUCUAAACUGCUCAAAAAGUAAUUGCCUGGUUCCCCCCCAUUCCUUCUGCCCCCAUGUUGAUCUUCAGUACGCCUAUUAUUUUCAGCUUGAGGUCUUUCUCUCACUUUACCCACUUACAAUUGCUAUGUCUCUCCCCUAACCAAUUUGUGUGUCAGUAACAGGGAAGUCUGCAAAGUUGGCCUCCCUUCCGCUUCCCUGUUCAUUUUUCUUGGCAAUGCCUUGGAUGGAAAGAACAAUGUGUCUUGCUUGGACAUAAUGUUCUUCUGAUGGCACCGGCCUCUUCUGAGAGAGGCAGGAUCCAUUUUUUCAGGUACAGGUCGCCUCAGUGUGCUCAUUACUCCCUUUUGCCAACCACCCAAAUCCUAUGGCAGUUUAAAGCGCUAAACUUACACUCAUUAGUGAGCGAUUGUGUUGCAAAAUGGGAUAUAAAAGAGAGGGGUUUACUGAUUAUAUCUAGAAAGGGCUUAACAAGACUACUACUUUAGUGCCCCAGAGUCUUACACUCAGUCUAAUCGGGAGGAAAAGUUGGUCUGAGAGUUACAAAUCUGAAUGAUGGGCUACAUAAAUGGAAAAUGAUCAACGCUUCAUUUUAAGGGAAGAAAUGUACACGUUUUCUGUUCUAAUUCCUACCUGACUCCACAGGCUGAGGGAUUCUUUAAUUGCUCUGCUGAAGACUUAGUCUGACCAACUGAAAUUGGCUGAAAGCAAGUGAAAGUAAUUUUUGAAUGCUGCUAAGAUGCAAAAGCCCUUUGACCUUCAUCAGGAGCCACUCUGUGGCCCUGGUUGCCAUUUGCAGGGUUCAGGGAUGAGCCCACCAUUUGGAAAUCAUUUAUCCAUCUUCUGAUCUGCUAUGGAGACCUGUUUCACCUUAGUUUCAGGGGUUAAAAGUAGCUGCUACAAAAAAUAGUAAUAAUUGUGAAGGGCAAUCUAAUAGUAAUAAUAAAUCUUGUACAAUUGUUUUUCUUUUCAAAGGGAUUCUCAAAUUUCACUUUUAUUCUCAGCAAAGGUAGAAUGGCAAUCCUUCAUUGUUUCCAUCUUAUAGAUGAUAAAGCAGUGCAGCAAGGAGAAAUGAGUUGCCCAGAGUUGCAAAGCUAGCCAGAGCAUCUGGAACUCAAAACCUAGUGCUCCUGACACAUUUCCCAGGGCAAAGUGCAGCUAGUAACACAAACAAAUAACUGAGUAGCCAAGAUGAGAAUUGGCCAGACAAAUAGAUAAAGAACAUUGUUAAUCCAUACUUGAGUUGAAUUGGUGCUUCCAGAGUGCUCAGAGUUUUCUUUUAAUCCACACUGUAAUUGAAAUGGUGCUUCUGAAAUGUUCAAAAAGAUUUCCAGGGUAUUUUUGCUUACUCUUUGUUUUCAUUAUUUACCUUGUCAAGCACCAUUAUAUUUAUGAAUCCUAAUGACCAUCAGUUCUGAAUUAUUGAGCUUUUGCUGUGUGUGCUUUUUGUUUUCUGGAACUCUUAGUGUUCAGAAUAUUCUGGGCUGUUUCCUAAAUGCAGCCAAGGGGUAGGGUGGGGAAGAGGUAGAAAAUGAGCUUCUAACCAAAUCAGUUGAGGAUUGCCUGAAAAGGCAAAAAAUCAUACAUAAUGUAACUUGUCAUUCAAGGUCAAUGUGAAAAUGAGUCAGUCUAUAUAAAUUGUAAUCGCACUAAGGAUGGGCUGAGGGUAGAUGACAGACAAUCCACCAUUUUAUCUUUCCCAGGAACAAAAGUCUAGGAUGUGCUAUCAUCUCCGGAAUGGACCACUGUAUUGUCUGACAAUUGGGGAGAUUCCUUUUUUUCACUGCAUCUAGGUGCAAAUGUAACUAUGCUUUUACCGCAGCUGUAAGAAGAAAAGGAAAGAAGAUUCUUGGUGCUAGCUAAUGUCAAGAGAUUUGGCCCAAACUUGUAAAUAUUUUACUCCCCACCCAUAUAGUAAUGAUGGCCCAAUAACCGCAUCAACAUCAACCUUUACCAUUUCCUAGGUUCUGUUAUUAAACAAUUUAAGAAAUACGAAUUCAUAAAAGCAAGGGAUUAUGGGCUGUCAAAAAGCAAACUCACUUUUCUUCAGAUUUUGGGAAUCUAUUAUUGUUGCUAAUGAUUAUGUCAAUGUGCAUCACUGUGAUGGGUGCUUUUAAAUAAACACCUAAAUAAUAGCCUGGACAAUAACCUCAAUGAUAUUGUGGGAACCAUUUUGUUGGUAACGUAAACAUAAAGUUAGUUUCAUUAUAUCAAACUGUGGGGUGCGUGAUCUUGUUUAGUUGUGCUGAAACACCAUGACAUUUUCUGGAAGGAACUCGAAAUCCAGGCAGGCAAUUCCCAUACCUGCUAAUUAGGAGAAAGCAACAAUACCAGUUACAUUUUGGUUCAUAGUAUGUGGGAUCCCACCAGGUAGGCGCCUAUGCCUGGUAACACCCUGGUUCCAAUAAGAUGUCAGCAGAAGCAAAAUUCAUUUGGUGGAAGAGGAAAAGGUUAUUCAAAGGUUCUGUAUCAUUGAACCUGAGACAGUCGUCAAUUCUAAAGCAAAUUAAUAUCUAAUCAGUCAAGCUAGUUUUAAUUGGGGGGGGGGGGUACAUUUACUAUUUAUUUUCAGCUUUAAACUUUUGUAUUUGGGAAUGUUUUCCCUAUUACCAACCUACUGUAUCACAUGUUCUAGUAAACAGAAUGACUUAAUAAGCAAAGUCUUCCUUAAAAAAAAAAAACACUUCUUUUUUUUUUUUAGUCCCCAACAUAUAGGGGGAAAUUGUAAAAAGAAAAAGCACUUCACCACAUCAUAGUCAGAAGGAAAGGAAAGUUACCGACUUAAGUUGACAAUUAACAUUGGAAAUAACCUCUGCAGACUAGGGAACCCUUACCAGCAGUACUUGAAGACUUAUGAGUUGUGACUGCAUGUUACUUGAAAGACCUAAUUAAGCUAAAUUUUUGGUGCACAGCAGUUGUUGUACAGGAUUCCAUGUUUAUGUAGCAAGAUGCAUUGAAAUGUUGAUACUAGUAUUGAAACAUACGUGUAAAGAUAGUUUUGUGGAAUUUGUUCUGUUCUAUUUUCUUGUGUGUCUCAUGUUUAGAGCAUUCAAUUUCAUUUUUCAUUGUCCUAACUAAAUAUGGCUAAAUGAAUACUGUAAUUGAAAAUAUAUUUUAAAUCUUGUCAUGAGUUUUUAAAAAGUCUAUUACAAAUUGUAUCAUUCCUGAUUACACAGAACUUUGUGGGUGGUUUUAAAUAAAUUUUAUACUUCUAUUUUGCAUUU